AAAUUGUCAAAUGCCAACUAUCCAAGCAAUAACUGGAUUUUUUUAGUAAAAUAAGCUGUAAAAAGAAAAAUACCUUUUCUUAAUGUUUUAUUGAAAGCAAAAUAAGGUUUUCAUAAUAAAUAAGUACUUUAUAUUACUUACCGAUCUAAAACUAUGGAUGUCUUUGAACUACAUUCAAAAGUUUGUGAGUCAUCAGCAUCAAAGAAUAAUGAUGACUAAAAUAUAUUACUUUCUAGUGUCUUUGACUACCUAACUGGAUAUUUAUAAAACAUGUCUGAAAGAAGAGGUACAAAGGCUUUGGAGCUUUGGUGUAAACGCCUGGUAAAAGAUUGCCCUGAUGUGCAAAUAGAUAACAUGACUACAUCUUGGCGAAAUGGCAUUGCGUUCUGUGCAUUGGUACAUCAUUUCAGACCAGACUUGAUUGACAUGUCAAAAUUAAAACCAGAAAACAUUUAUGAAAACAAUCAACUGGCUUUUUGUAUAGCAGAGAAGCAUUUGGGCAUUCCAGCUCUUCUUGAUCCUGAAGAUAUGGUUGAAAGUGAAGUUCCUGACAGAUUAUCAAUAUUAACUUAUCUCUCACAAUUUUAUCAACGUCUAGGCCACACUGUAAACACAAAAUCUUCAGAAGGUGAACCUAAAGUGUCUUCUACACAGUCAACUCCAUCAGAGACUCCUAUCAAGUUUGGCAAGUCUGGACUUGACAAAUGUGCUGCAUGUGGACUGCCUGUUUACUUGGCACAACGCCUCCUUGUAUCUCACAAACUUUAUCAUAGAAGAUGUUUCCGUUGCUCUAAGUGCUCUGGACACAUGAAUCCAAAGAACUUUGAUACAGUUGAUGGAUCUGAAUUUACUUGUGAUAGUUGCAAAAAUGAAAAAACUUUGUUAAAAUUUAUGAAUAACAAUGAUCAUAAUCAAAUGGGAAUGCUAGCAUUUAGUGAAGAUUCCCUAACAAAAUACACAGAAACUCAAAAAACAAAAUACCCUGAAACUCAAAAUGAACAGUCAAUUAGUUCUAAGCAGAGAGUGAGGCCAUUGUCCAUUCUAGAAAAAAUAAAUAUGUUUGAGAAAAAUUCAGACAAAGAUCAAGAAGUAGUGACUGAUAAAAUUAGUAAUUUAUCUUUAAAAGAUAACUUAGAUAGUAAUAAUAUUAAUAUAAGUGCACCAAGUAUAGCUAGCCCUACAGAAACUACAGAUGUUGAACCGAAUAUUAAUACUUACACAGAAAAUGAAGCUUAUGAAGGUGUACAUACUGUUGAUAAUGAAGAAAAAAAUAUCAAUAUGAAAUAUGAAAAUGUAUUGAUGCUCAAACAUGAGGAAUCGCCUCCAAAAAUAUAUAAAAGUAACAUUAAUAAAUUUAUGUUUUUGCAAACCCAAUUAUCUAGUGACACUUUGUGUGAUAGUACACUCAUAGAUGGUGAAAUAUUACCUGAACCUGCAAUGACGCGCAAUAACGAGCAUGUUCCUAAAUUUAAUUCAAAUAUAGAAAAUGAAACAAUUAAUGUUAGUCCAACAAUUAAUAACCCUAAAGAAAAUAAUGUAUCCUAUGAACAAAAUAAAAAUGAGGACCAAUCUAUAAAGGAAGAAAUUAGUUUAAAGAAAGGAAAUGACAUAGAAGCACAAAGUAUUUUAAAAGAAAAUAGUAAUGCAACUGAUGAGUCUAGAUUAGCUAAAGAACUAAAUAUAUUAUCAAAUGAAAGUAAAGAUGCACUAGAGGUAAAUGAAGCUAAUAAAAAUGAAAUUGAACAAGAAGUCAAUAUAAGUGUACCUCCCAGAAGAAAAAAACAGCAACUUAAUAAAUUGAUAUCUCCAGAAGUAAGAGAUGAAAAUAAGAAAAAAGAUUAUCCAGGUCAUUUAAACCCAUUUUCAGAUGAUGAAGAGGAAUCUAAUUCCCAAGUCAAUUCAAAGAAAGUUAGUACUAAUCCUUUUGGCAGUAGUGAUGAGGAAGAUGAUGUUGUUCCUCCAAUACAGACUCUCCCAAAGUUAUCAAUCAAUCAACAAGGAGUACCUGUAAAAAGGCUCAUUACAGCUCAAAAUCCUUUCUGGUCAGAUGGUGAAGAACCAUCCUCAGAAGAUGACGACACACAUGAAAGCUCACGGAUGUAUAAAUCCUCAAUGGCGACGAGCACACCGAACCUUCCGUCGAGCACGCCGCGCCGUAGGAAAGCACCGGCGCCUCCACCACCCGCCAUCACGGUCUCCGAGACCCCAGCCAUGGGCCACCCUUCCACGUCUAUGGAUGAUGUAGCUAGCAUCUCGUCUCUCAGCUCUUACAACUCCACUAUUCAUUCGGAUCAAAAAUCUUGUGGCAUAUCUACACCACGGCUCAAGAAGAAACGUCCAGCGCCGACGCCCCCCGACAGCUUGUCCACGAUGUCAGGCUGCGGCUCCAUGGACAAAGGCAUCGAUUCAUCGGGCUUACGAUCCAACACAUCGGACUCAAGUAGAAAGACUAAAGGCCCCGCCCCCGGGUUGCCUCUGCCCGAGAGGCGCGAGGUGAAGCUCCAGAUGUCCCCCGAAGAGCUGCAGGUGCAGCUAGACCUGCUGGAGACGCAGCAGCUCGGCCUGGAGCGGCAGGGCGUGCUCAUCGAGCAGAUGAUACGCGACAAGUGUGAGGGCGACGUGCCAUCUAUAGUGCCACAAGAGGAAGUCGAAGAUUUAGUGAUACAACUGUGCGAGCUAGUCAACGAGAAAAAUGACCUGUUCAGGAAACAAACUGAAUUAAUGUAUAUACGUCGGCAGCAGCGAUUGGAACAAGAGCAAGCCGACAUCGAACAUGAAAUCAGGGUACUACAGUCGAGACCCGCGGUCAACCGUAUUGACGCUGAUAAGGCUCGCGAAGAGCAUCUCGUGUCCCGAUUGGUGGAGAUAGUGCGCAUGCGCGACGAACUAGUGCAACAAAUCGACGCCGAGCGACGACGCGAGCGACAAGAGGACCUCGCCAUAGCCGCCUCCAUCGCCACCAAAAGAGCACAAAGAAACAGUGAAUCGAACAGUUCUUCAAUGAAAUCUGUGGAAGUAGUAACAACACCUAAAAAAAGUAAGGUGAAAGAUAAGGUAAAGAAGCAAUUCAAAAAAGCCAAACACACAUUAAUGUCUAAGAAGAAGGAAGAUGGCGUUGACCGGAAAGAGGAAAAAUCAGAAAAAGGGAGUAGUAAAUCAAAAUGAGUUCAAUGUUCAAUUGUUGUUGUAAAAUGCCAAAAAUGAAUGAAAUGGACAUGUUAUAACUUGUAUUAUUGAUUUACGGCCGCACCCACAGACGUCAGUUAAUUUUUAGGUUUGCUCAAACGUUUGUCGUCUUUUUUUGCGAUAUCAAUAGAAAAAAACACUUUGACAAGCAUUAACUUUAACUAACGUCUUUGAGGGCGGCACUUAGGAAUUGAUUUAAAAAAUUCGCAACUAAGUUGGCUUGAAAGUACUUAAGAAGACUGGAACAUUCCACUACAAUUUUUUUAAUAUUAAAGAAUACGUGUUGCGACUCUAAAGAGGGAUAUUUUUGUAAUAUAGCAUAGAAGUUAAAUUUAUUACGAUAUAUGAAUUGUUACUAAUAUUUAAAUGUUUUUUACUAAUUUUAAUAUUUACAUCGCUUUCGCCACGAAGACCUUUUUCUGUCUUAUUAUGGCUAUCGGGAGAUUUCUCUUUUUUCACAAUAAAAAUUAUUUAUUUAUAAUAAUUUUCAAUAAAAUAAAUUGACAUGUAUAAGAAACCGGGCCUACAAUACAAAAACAAUGUGAGAUAAAACUAUGAAAAUUAAUUUGUCAACAUAUUUAAGUCUAUUAUGUAGUUAUAUAUUGAUAACGCUGAAAGUAUAUUUUUAGAAAAUACACCAAUAAACUAAAUAAACACGAAAUUGGAAAAUACGCCUAGCUUAGAUAUUUGCAAUAGAUAAAUACACGUACAGGCAGUCCUCGCACUUACGGCAUGUUAGGUCGCGACGUAAAUCGUAACUACGUAAGUCGAGACACUCCCACGGACAUAGACCUCGCGGCAAGUGAAUUCUCCUAUGCCGGAAAUCGAAACAAUUGUAUGCCUGAGUGUGAGUGUCAAAACAUUGUUUGACGUAACUUGAAACGACGUAAGUCGAGGACUGCCUGUAUUGUAAUGGAAUGAAACAGCUAACAGAUCUAACAGAGUAAUCUCUCGAUUGUCGAUCCCAGAAUUUUACUAUACCUAUGCUUUUUCACUAUUAACGUCACUACUCGCAAUUCUUUAUAAUAUUGACCAUUUAAAGGACUGAAUACAUUUUUAAUUAGAUAAAAAAUGUAAAUAAAAUAAUAUCAAAUUGUCGGAAAUAUAAAAAAAACUUAUGCAUGAAAUUUUCUAAUUAUUAUACUACUUCAGUAAGUUCCAAAACUAGGAAAAUGUUUUAAAUCUAUCUUAAAUUAAUCACUAACCCAAAAGUAAUCAUGAAAAAAUAUUUAUCGACAAUUGUGACUAGGUCCCUCGACUUGAGAUUUUGUGAUAAACUAAUGCUCACAUGUAGCAAUUUUCCCAACGUUGAUUAAACUUAAACUGGAUUUAGCACAUACAAGAAUGUUAAAUUUGUUUAAUCUGUAUUUUGACAUUUUGGUAUGAGCUGAAUCUAGUUUUAGUUAAAUUGCGAUUUAGCUUAUUUACUGCAAGUAGAAAAAAAAACGAAUAAUUUGUCACUUAUUAAAAAAGUGACGCCUAAGGUAUUAUUAGUAUAAAACCAUCUUCGUCUCAUUCUUUAGCCUAAAAUUAACUAUAAUGAAAUUAUCUUUUACCAUGUGCCAGAUUAAGAAAUUAGGAGAGAUUAAAAAUGCUAUAAUUGUCAUUGAUUUGUGCCACACGAUAAAAAAGAAUCUCUUUUUUACUACAGUCAUAAUAACAUAUGUAUUUCAAAGUAUGCACAAUAUUGCACAGUGGCCCAAAAAGAGGAUUUCUCAAUAUUCGUGAAAUAUGACCGCACCAACAUUACGUUUACAAAAUAUAAUAAGUGCAUAUAGGUUAACCAUUGUUUUGGGCCACAAUAAUAUAAUAUUUACAAUGUUUAUUUUCAAAUAUUGUUAACGUUAGUUAUUUCAAAAUAUACUUUUAUCAGUAGUUUUAAUUUGAAAUUAUUUAAUUUUUCCCUAUAUUUAGGAGUUUAUGGCGCAAAUUUGAAUUGUGAAUCAUAUUUAUGUUGAUUUAAUUCUGACCCUCUUGAUGAAAAUAUAGACUUUGUUCUAGUAUUGAUUUUGUAAAUGCUCUAACAACUAUUUAUUCUUUGGUUUGUCUGUAAUUUAUGUACUAUGUAGUUGUGAAGAACGUUAGGUGCCGCAUUAUGUGCAGGUAAUCAGGCAUUUAGGCAUACCUUACAUCUUAAGCAUAACUGUUUUGUGUCAAUAUGAAUCCGUGUGACGUCACCUGCCUGUAAGACGCCUGUAUUUGCUAGGAAAACUUUUCCGCGACAUGUUUGAAAACAGAAUUUUUAUAUUCGUUUUUUUACUGGAUAUACACAACAGUAUUAUAAAUUUCCACUUUUUAUAGUGACUAAUAACCUUGGAGCAACGUGCCCGACGCGGCCAGGAGGGGAAUAGCUAUAAUGACACAAUAUACUUUCGCCAAAACGAAAUUAUAGUUACGACACACACAAUAUAAAAAAUUACAGCCCUAGAUCGCGCAUAGACGAAACUUAAGAUUUUUUCUUGACAGAUCUGAAAUUUGUACAGGCGAGUCGAUUGUUUUGUCAACCAAGUCCGACGACGAUUGAAUUUUAACAAAAUUAUAUAAUUUUUUUGGUUUAAAAGUGGUUAAAUAGAAAUAAUAUGUUAAUGUAGAUAUGUGAAAUUUAACACAUUCCUUUUGUAAGUUCAAUAUUCCAGAUAUGUUUUACAGCUAAUUACAAAACAUUUUGGCAUUUUUGAUCUCUAACAUACACUCGUGCGACGUAACUCAGUCUAGUGAAAUAUCCGACGCGCAACUAGUUUCGUUUUUGAGCUGGCCCAACAGCAGAGGAAAAUUGACAGAGGGGAACGCUGUGAAUGCCUACUCCCCUCCUAGCCGCGUCGGCAGUGUUGCUCUAUGCUAUUAACUAAUUAAUAACGUGUGAAUGUUUUCAAAACUUGUCAAAAUAGCCUAAGUUUUAACAAUUAAAGUAAUACCUCCUUAUACAUUUUGAACAAUAAUAUUUAACUUCUGAAUUAUAUAAUUUACCAAAACUCAGGUUUUUAUUGUUAUUAUAUAUGCACAGGGCAACGAAUAAGUAAAAUACAUCAAAAUAUUAAUUAUAAUUAUAUAGUUUUCGAAACACAGAAAUUCAGAACAAAUGUUAGGAUUGUGGUUGACGAUUUAGUGUUUGAACAAGUGAAUGAU